CCUAUUGCUAAGAAGAAAAAUGAGAGAAAAAAAAAAUCUUCUCUUUCUCCUCAUCACAUGGCUAAUAUUAUUAUCAUCAUUAGCAUCUUUCUCCUCCCCACAUGCAUAACAUUAUUAUAUCAUUAGUUUCUGCUUCUUCUUCUUCUUCCAAAUCCACUCAGUUCUCACCGACUCUACUUUCUGUUUCUCAAAUAACCAAAUACUGUCUCCUUAUCUGUCUUCAAUGGCCUAAAGUUUCUGUUUAGGAUUUUGUUCUUUUUAAAUUGAGAAUCUGUUCUGCUGUGGAGGUUGCAGACCUGCAGCCAUGAGUAAGCUCAGUAAAGUAGAAGACUUGAACUUCCUCAAGACAAAGACUUGUGUCCUUAAAGUGAACAUCCAUUGUGAAGGAUGUAAGAAGAAAGUUAAGAAGCUGCUACAAAAGAUUGAUGGGGUUUAUACUAUUGCAAUAGAUACAGAGCAGGGGAAGGUAACUGUUACAGGAAAUGUUGAUCCUUCCACCCUUAUUAAAAAACUCAGAAAGUCAGGGAAACAUGCUGAGAUCUGGGCUGCUAAAAAGAACAGUAAUAUUGAAUCACAUCAUCAUCUUCCCAAGCUGCCUAUUGAUGCUGCCAAAGGACAGAAGAACUCCUUCAAUAAUUCAGAAACAAAAGACCAGAAAAUGAAGAUUCUGCAGGAGGAGCUGAUGAAGAUGAAGCUUCCAUUCACAAAAGACGAGAAAUCCGUUAAAUUUUCUGCUCCUAAUCAAGGUUUUGACAGUGGAAACGAAUCUGAUGAUAGUUUUGAUGAUGAAGACGACUAUUUUGAUGAAACAGAUGUUUCUGUUGAUGAAACUGAUGACUACAAAAGUGAUUUGAAAGCCAUGAAUUCUGCAACUAAAGGGAUUGUGAUAGCUAAAAAAGGUUUUGAUGGAGACGUACAUAGUAAAGGCAAUACUGGGAAUACAAAUGGCGGUGGAGGGACCCCCCAUGAAGCUAAGAAUGGAAGUAACAAAGGCAACAACAACGGUGAUGGCAAUAACAACGGUCAUAAGCAAGGCAACGGUGGCAAGAACAGCAGUGGCCUUGUGGGCAUUCCGAUGGCCGCUGGAGCAGUUCCUGCUGGGUAUUACAACAGAGGAAUGGCAGCUUCUGCCGCUCCAAUGGCCACUCCGGUGGCCGGGGGACCUGUAAAUCCUCACCAGCAACAGUAUAUGACAGAGAUGAUGCAGCAACAAAGGAUGAUGAUGAAUGGACAUCCCAUGGCUUAUGGGUAUCCUAUGCCAGCUUCAAAUGCCUACGCUAGUUAUUUUAGUGAUGAGAAUACUAGUGGUAGUUGCAGAAUAAUGUGAAGGUUGGUGAUAAGUCAGUUUCAAUAGAAGCUGGCUAACAGUUGUUGGAGGUGUGAUGUGAAACAAAUUAGUACAUGAAUGUUGAUGUGUGUGGUUCCUGUGUAUAAUAGUAAGAGAGAGAUUAUGGUGUUGUUUACUUCUUAAUGAUGGUUAGUUUAAUUAUAAUCUUGGUUUUGUCUUUGAA